UCGAGAGUUGAUUUUAAAUGCUUGCUGUCAAGAUUGGCUUGGGUUUCGCCCGCAACUAAUAACGAAGCACAACUAAUUAUACAGGUGUGCGUUAUAGCACCGCAGCAUGGCUGUGGUCAUCCGUUUGCAGGGUCUCCCCAUUGUGGCGGGCACCAUGGACAUUCGCCAUUUCUUCUCCGGACUGACCAUCCCAGAUGGUGGUGUGCAUAUUGUAGGGGGUGAGCACGGCGAGGCGUUUAUCGUGUUUGCCACAGACGAAGAUGCCAGGCUUGGAAUGAUGCGCACAGGGGGCGCCAUCAAGGGCUCCAAGGUGUCACUGUUGCUUAGUAGUAAAACCGAGAUGCAAAACAUGAUCGAGCUGAGCCGCAGGCGUUUUGAAACUGGUAGUGCAGAGGGGGCUACAGGUAAUGGGAAUAGGACAGGUCCUCCCAGCAGCUCUGGAGGUAGUGGAAGGCCCAGCAUGCCCACACCUGCCCAAGGUUUCAGCAACACCACUUCAACCACCACCACCACUGCAGUCUCGACUAGUGAGCCUGUAAGCAACAAAAGUGUCGCCACUUUUGCCCCCACCAGCAUGGGGAACCUGCCUCCCAACUUUAAUAACUUCAGCAGUCCGAGUCUCAGCAUGGGCUCCACCAUGACUACCGCAAUGUCCUCCUUGAGUUCAGUACCCCCUCCUAUACCACCUUUGCCCACCAUGCCAGCCUUGCCACCAAUGCCACCCAUGCCCGUUCCACCACCCGUGUCCACUUUGCCCCCAGUACCAACUGUUAACCCAAUCACCUCGGUACCUCCAGUCCCUCCCAUGGCUCAUAUGCCCCACCUCUCCGCUCUCCCACCUUUCAACCCAGGCGUUCCUCCACCUGUUGGCCCAGUGACCGGUGCUCUUGCUGCCACAGGACCACCACUCUCUCUUGGCAACCCCAAUCCAAUGUUCCUUAACCCCCUAAACCCUCUGAAUCCCCUCAGUCUGCAAGCUCACUUAAAAUCAGCAAUUACUAACCCAGACGAAUUGCACAUACAGCUUCAGGGCCUGCCUUUCACUGUUUCUGAAAUUGAAAUUAGAGACUUUUUCCAUGGGCUAGGGGUUGACUCUGUUAAGAUGCUCAGAGACAAUCUGGGCAGAAGCAAUGGCAGGGCUUUGGUUAAGUUUUUUAACCCUCAAGACUCGUUCGAAGCUCUAAAGCGGAACCCUGGGAUGAUAGGCCAGAGGUAUGUAGAAAUAUCACCUGCCACAGAGAGACAGUGGCGAGAUGGUCAAGGAUUGAGUGCAGGGCAGGCGAAAGUUGGAAACGACUCAGAAGCUAAUCAGCGCCAUCAUAUGGGUGGCAGCUCGAGCUCGCCUUCCCUGAGGGAGCGCGCCAGGUCCCGUUCUCCUCACAAACAGGAGCUGUGUGUGUAUCUGAAAGGGCUCCCAUAUGAAGCAGAGAACAAGCAGAUAUUUGAAUUUUUCAAAAACCUGGACAUUGUUGAGGACAGCAUUUACAUUGCAUACGGUCCCAAUGGCAGGGCCACAGGGGAGGGAUUUGUUGAGUUCAGGAAUGAGAUGGAUUACAAAGCUGCCCUCGGAUGCCACAUGCAGUAUAUGGGUAGCCGAUUUAUACAGGUGCACCCCAUCAUGAAGAAAAACAUGUUUGAGAAGAUAGAUACGAUUCGCAAAAGGAUGCAGGGAUCUCAGGUAGACCAGAAAGGUAACUCCUCAGAAGGAGGAAAGGGCGCAAGGACUUGUGCUCACAUAACAAACAUCCCAUAUAACGUGUCAAAGAAAGAUGUGCGCCUCUUCUUAGAUGAGAUCCAGUUAUUUGAGGACAGCCUGAAAGUGCUGGUCGAUGGCAAUGGCAAUGGCCUUGGUCAGGCUGUGGUGCAGUUCAAGUCUGAGGAGGAGGCUCUCAAAGCCGAGCGUCUGCACAGGCAGAAGUUAAACGGGAGGGAUGCUUUUGUGCACUUGGUCACAUUUGAGCAGAUGAAGGAGGUUGAGAGGAACCCUCCUCCACAGGCAAAGAGAGGACAGAAAGCCCAUGCCCAAGCUCAGGCCCAAGCUCAGGCCCAAGCUCAGGCCCAAGCUCAGGCCCAAGCCCAGGCCCAGCUCCAAGCCCAAGCCCAAGCUCAAGCCCCACAUGCUUUCCCUGGUAUGACCGGAGAGGAGUUUAAUUUCCUCCGCAACGCUGUGAACAUUGGUAACGGCCCUCCGUUUGUCAACCCGUUUGCCGCUCCAGGUAGCGGACUAGCCGGACCGCCCCCUCUGCCCCCGUUAGGCACGGCUUUGGGUGAAGUCUCGCUUCCGGUUCCUCCACCAAUGGUUGGAGGUCAUUUGCCAGGGCCCAUCCUGGAGCCUCCUGGUUUCCGGGCAGGUGGGAACAGUGCACCUCCCGGAUUUGUUGGCGCACCUGAAAGUUUAAGAGGCAUGCCGCCAUUUGAUAACGGGACGUCCAGGAAAGUUGCAGGUCAGAACCGUGGUGGGAACCAAGGUCGUUCUGGGGGCUCUCAACCUGGUUUUGGACCAUCCUCUGAAAAUCUUAGAGGAUCGUCCAGCAGUGGGCCAGGUAACCCUAGGCCCACCAUUGUCAAAAUCCAAAAUAUGCCUUUUACUGUCACGGUUGAUGAAAUAUUAGAUUUCUUUUAUGGAUAUAAGGUGUUGCCUGGCUCGGUAUGCUUACAGUUCAGCGAGAAGGGACUGCCAACAGGAGAGGCAAUGGUUGCAUUCGACUCGCACGAUGAAGCAAUGUCUGCGGUUAUGGACCUGAAUGAUAGGCCCAUUGGGGCAAGGAAAGUAAAGAUCACUAUGGGAUGAAAGAAAUCAGAUUCUGCCUUGUAUGUCACCGGUGGCAAAAGAAACAUACCCACAGGCUUAGCUCUUAUUAUUGGCAGAGCUUAGAGUGGAGUACAGGAUAUUGUUUUGUGUUUGGGGGGGGGUCUUCAUGUUUCAUCUUUGAAUGCAAUAUGCUAGAUUUACAAUUAGAUUGAUCCAAGAUUAGUAGUAAAAAAAAAAAAAUUUUUUAAAGAAAUAAAUACAUCCAUUGACUCAGCAUGACUUGGCUGUUGAAGAGAUUGGUUUGUUGUUUUCUCACACUCUCUCCCCUCUCUGAAGAGCUUCAAGGUGUUUGAAACUAGAGACCAGCUGUGAGAGUGCUGAGUUCUUGUAGCACAAGUUAAUAGAUCUAAAACACACUUUUGCUUUGUGUUUGCAAGUUUUGGUUGUGCUGGAGUGUCUGGCAUGCCUUGUCCCUCUCAGAUAUUCUCUGAAGAUAAUCUGUAUCCAGGUGGAGUUUUUGAAGUUUGCACUUCCUUAUGUGUGCUGUAUAAUGUGUUUUGUGCUUUAUUUGAUGGGGUAAACACCCAGUGCUGCCAUGCAUGGUGUGUCCCUGCAAGUCCAAACGUUUCCUACUGCUCAGUUUAAAAUCCCCCCCCCCCCCAGUAAAUGCAUGUAAAUGUUUUGUCAAUGUAUGUUCCAUUGCCCGUGCGAGGUGUAUUAGAUGAAGUUUAACUGUGAUAAACCACAAGAUGUUAAACCAAGUGCAUCAACUUGAUUUCACUGUAAACAGACCAAGCGGGACUCUCCAGUAAAUGAGGCAAUGUAACGUUUUUGUAUAUGAAAGCUUUUCAGUCUUCUCUUGUGCUCUCUUUACAAUGUGUGCUGCUUUUGUUUUUGCUAUGAUACUCAGUAGCUUUGUUGCUUUUUUAAACAUGUUAUCUCUAAGCAGUUUUUUUUCUGAUUAUUUUGGUGUUUCCAGUCUUUAUUUGCUGUUGUACAUAUUUUUUCCAGCUCAACUAUUUUGUCAAUAAAAUGGCAUUCCUGAACUGAUGAAUCUGCAAGGUAUCGUAUUUCUCUCUUCCUGUCAUCUUUUUCUCCCUUUCAGGGCAAAAAUGAACAAAUAAAGUUUAUUUUCUCUC